GCUGAGUGCAGCCAGUUCCCGAUGGGGGAAAGAACACGAGAAUGAUAGGGACCCUACACAAAAGAGCUUUAUCUGGACACGUCUAGUAACAUCAUACCAUUUGCGUAUCACUGGACGGUAGGACUAGACAGCAAGCGUUGGGGAGUGAAAAUUAAACUUCGUCCAACCCCAAGUAGAAAACAAUCAAUCCAUCCCUGUCGACGGAGUUACAACUUCCAUCUGGUAAAGUCCGCUAUCUCCGUUAGGGCUUCCCGUAUAAAUCUAGCCUGUGUAUCCUUUGGGGGAUUACGCUCAUACCAUUAACUACAGCAUAUCUUUCCAUCCAUCAUGGGCUCGAAGAAGCUCACCUGGCUCAUCACCGGCUGCUCAUCUGGCUUUGGCCUGUCCCUCACUCGCGCCGCUCAGGCUGGUGGCCACAGGGUCAUUGCCACCUCGCGCAACCCUUCUCGCACCCCCGAUCUAGUCGCAGAAGUCGAGGGGAAGGGAGGCAAAUGGGUCCAACUCGAUGUUGAUAGCGCCGAGAACAGCGAUGUGAUUACCAAGCUUGAGGAGGGCGGAGAACAGAUUGACGUCCUUGUGAACAACGCGGGGGGUUCUAUUUACGCACCGAUUGAAACCAGCACCGAUGAGGAGAUUCGCGCCCAGAUGGAGACCAUGUACUUUGGGCCCCUGCGCCUGAUCCGUGCAGUUCUGCCUCACAUGCGGCAACGUCGAUCCGGUGUCAUUGUCAACAUGAGCAGUGGCGCUUCCCUCGAUGGGAUCCCGACGAUGGGAGUCUAUGGGGGUGCUAAGGCUGGUCUGGACGCUCUCACCAAGAUCCUGGCCAAGGAGGUUGCUCCCUUCAAGAUUCGUACCCUGACUGUUGUUCUGGGGACUUUCAACACCAAUAUGCCCCAGUCUGUAGUGCUGGGCAAGACCCCUCUCCCCGACGACUACAAAGGCACCGUUACUGAGCAGAUCCAAGAGCUGCUGCUGAGCGGAAAAAUUAAGCCCAAUGGCGACAAAGACAAGGCCAUGCAGGCGUUAUAUCAGGUUGUAGUUGGCGAAGGUGAAGGCGAGGGACACGAGACGGAGAAACUGCUGCCGUUGGGGAGUGAUAUGACUCUUCGCCUCAAGGGAGCCAAGGAGUAUCUCGACCACGCCCUGGAGGUGUUUGACUCUGUGACCAACAGUGUUGAUGUGGUGGUGGACAAAUAG